AUGGAGUUGCACAAGGACGUAGUGACGAGCAUCACCGUCGUCGGCCACAGCCUCGGCGCUGCGCUUGCUACCCUGAACGCCGUCGACAUCGCCGCCAACGGCCUGAACGCCCCCGCCAGCACCAGAUCCUCUCAGCCGCCGUGCCCGGUGACGACCAUCGUGUUCGCGUGCCCGCACGUCGGGGACCGUUUCUUCAAGGCAGCCUUGGGCUCCUUCCGGGACCUGAGGGCCCUCCACGUGAAGAACGCCGGCGACGUCGUGCCGGUGGUCCCGCCGCUCACGUACGUGGACGUGGCCGUGGUGCUGCCCAUCGACACAGGCCGGUCGCCGUACCUGCGGCCGACGGGCACGCCGCAGACGCUCCACAACCUCGAGUGCUACCUGCACGGCGUCGCUGGCGAGCAGGGCAGCGCCGGAGGGUUCAGGCUGGAGGUGGACUGCGACGUGGCGCUGGUGAGCAAGGGCGCCGACGCGGUCAGAGAUGAGUACCCGGUGCCGGUGAACUGGUGGGUGCCCGAGAACAAGUGGAUGGUCAGGGGUGCCGACGGCCACUGGAUGCUCAAGAACUUCGAGGAAAUCUAA